UUAGAUUUUUUUAGCUUUGUUUUUGUCGUUUUGUUCGUAUCCUGGCCACAAUCCAAUAAGAUUAUCCUGCGCUUUAAGCUUCCGGAUCCGAAAAGCGUUUAAAAAUGGCCGCAGCUCUCCUGCAGGAUCGCGCCGUGUACGAGCAGCUGUGCAAAGAUUAUCUCAAUCUGAAAACGCUUGCCUGCGGCUGUUGCCACUCGCCGGAAGCGGUCCAACGGUGCAAGGAAGCACUGCGGGAGGAGAUAAAUUCGGCCCGGAAGCUGGGUCGGCUAAACCAGCUGGAGGAAGUGCUGGCUCUGUUGGAGGCUAGAAACGCAUUAAGCAUGAUCAAGGUUGGGCUGUUGGGCCGGUUGCAGCCGCUGGUCAAGGAUGAUGAGUUUGGAAGGAGGUUGUCUGGUUUUAAGGUUUCGCUGGAUCGAAGCUUCACUUCCGUCAGGAGGUACUAUUUGGAAGACCUUCGACACCGCGAUCGGCGAACGCUGCUAGAAAAAGAACUGGAACAGGUCAAGCUUGCAGAUCCUAAGGACAUUCCAAAACCGGAAACGCCAACCAAUCCGGAAAAGAGCAGCUCAACUCCCCAAAUUGAUUUCACAGCGUACCAAGUCUGUCGGCUGGGCAUUUUUGACCUUCUGGCGAGGGAAAUAAGUCGCGACUGGAACGCGCUGGGCCGGAAUUUGCAGCUGAGUGCGGGCAGUUUGUACGCGAUCGAGGAGCGACACCCGCGGGACGUUCGAGCACGCGUCCAGGAAGUGUUGGAGCAAGCCGAAGCGGAACAUGGAAUGGGGGCGGGAUUUGUGCGGCUGCUGGGUGAGGCGUUGGUUAGCACGAGAAGAAAGGAUUUAAAGCGGAAGUUGGACAAAAUGUUGAGUUGAUGAGUUUAUAUUUGGGAACAUUUUAGGUAUAUUUAGUGAUUUUAAUAUAGAUUUCGCAAAUGAA